AUGACUGUGUGUUACACGGUAAUUUUGUUGCUUACGGGAGCCGUUUGUGCUUACCAUGAUUACGUGAAUACAUUGGAGCCUGCUGCGCGCCAACUGCUAGAUUUCAAACUAGACUAUCCGAAACCUAUCGGAAUUAUGACCACAAUGGCUGGAAAACCAGUGGAUAUAAGAGAAACGACUACUUUGAAUACUGAUGGUCUUACUUCAAAUGAAUUUUUUUUGGACGAUGUAAUGCACUCCGUCGCAGAGAGAAUACCGGAAAGAGCAGUGCAUGCUAAAGGAACGGGUGCAUUUGGUUAUUUCGAAGUAACUCAUGAUGUAUCCGAAUAUACAAAAGCUGACGUCUUUAAUGGUAUUGGUAAAAGAACUCCUGUCGCUGUUCGAUUGUCGACCGGGCAAGGAAAUAAAGGAGGAAACGAUCUUGCCAAAGAGAUAAAAGGAUUCGCCAUAAAAUUUUAUACAAAUGAAGGCAAUCUGGACUUUUUGGGGUUAAAUGUUCCAGUUUAUUUAUACACAGAUCCUACAAUGUUCAGUUCAUUUUUUCAUGCUUUCAGAAGAAAUCCGCGCACAAACUUAUUUGAUAACACGGCGCGAUGGAAUAUCAUGAUAUUAAGGCCCAUUCUUUUGCAUGCAUUAUUUUGGCUUUUCUCAGACUAUGGAUCUCCAAAUGGAUACAGAAAGAUGGACGGAUUUCCAAUACACGCGUAUGAAUUGAGUAAUAAACAUGGAGAUAGAUAUUUUGCUAAAUUCAAUUUUAGAACUGAACAAGGUUUCGAAAAUCUAACAACAGAUGAAGUAGUGACAAUAUCUGGUCAAGAUCUGGACUACGCUACAAGAGAUCUGUACAAUAAUAUUGCUUUAAAAAAUUAUCCAUCGUGGCGAAUAGAAAUGGACGUUAUGACAUCACAUGAUAUUACCAAUGUUGAUUUUAAUCCCUUCGACGUGACGAGAUUAUGGAAAAAUGGCACUUAUCACACAGUACAAAUUGGACGAUUAGUACUUGACAGAAAUCCUGAUAACUUUUUUGAAGCUGUAGAAUUAAGUGCAUAUAACCCUGGAAGUUUAGUCCCUGGCAUUAAUAGUCCUCCAGAUACAAUUUUCAAGAGUAGAAGGUUAGCUUAUAGGGAUACACAAAAUUAUCGGUUAGGCAUAAACCAUAAGAGAAUCAAUGUGAAUGCACCGAAAUACCUUAAAACAUAUAACCGUGAUGGAGUACCACCAGUGAACGAUAAUAUGAAAGACGUACCGAAUUAUUAUCCAAAUUCAUUCAGUGGUCCUGUGCCUUUCAUUGACGAGUCUCGUCCUAAAGAACGAAUCAUUGUAUUCGACAGUAAUGCAGUUGACUUAGAGUCUCCUUCUAAUUUCUACAGAUACAUUUUGAGUGAUGAGGGUCAAAAACAAAGAUUUAUUGAUAAUCUUGUUUCCUCACUUAUCUCGGUGGUUCCGGAAGUACGAGAAAAAGGUCUGAAACUACUUACGCUUGUAGACUUGGAAUUAGGUACAAGAGUGCGCGCUGGAGUAACAGCAGCAAGAAGAAAAAUAAAAGAUGAUCCUUGGAUGACAAUUUAUCAUUAGUGACUGUAAAGCCAUUUAGCCUCGGCAUAAAAUGUGCCACCGCUUCCUUUUCCGUGGGUGUCGUAAGAGGCGCCUAAAGGAAUUUAAUGCUCGAGGGAUGGACAGCAGCGUCCCUCUUUGAACUUCACCAAUGCCUAACUGCUGUUGCCAACCCGCCUACCAAGCGUGGCAUCUACUGGCAAAGCCCCUAUUAUGGGAAAGGCCCAUGUUAAACUGUAAAAUCUGUUAAAGGCUAAUUUUAUGAUGAUGAUAAUUAAUUAAAUAUAAUGGAGCGAUUUCUCAAUAAACGAGAGAAUAUUAGUAGAGGCUACAGUUGAUUAGAUUAAUUCGUAUAAGUAUUUUUUACGUCAUACUGUACUGUUUAAUAUUUUUUAUAGUUUAUACAUUUUUAAUUUUUAAUCAACAAAUUCUUAAUGUCAACGGUUUC